ACCUGCACCAGGGCUGUGCCUGGAGCAAACUGGAGCCUCCACAGCAGCGGCUGGGCUGGGAGCUUGGAAAAAACUGACUCAACAAAGGAAAAACAAGGGAAAGAGGACUGGAGCACGGCAGGGAGCCAUCCUGCGUGUGGGGCAGGACCCGAGCACUGAGCAGCAGGUUUUCCCACACUGCUGAGCCGUCAGGUCCCGAGGGAGAUGAGCAUUUCAUCAGAACACAAGCCCCUUGGGAAGCAGGUCACUGGUAGCCUGCAUACGUUGUCACCAAUCGUGGAGUUAAAUGUCGGCGGGGAGAUGUACACAACAACGCUGAGCACCUUAAAGAAACACCCUGGCUCCAAGCUGGCAGAGAUGUUCACCGGCCAGCCCAAGCUCAGGACUGACUCCGAAGGGAGGUGGUUCAUCGACAGGCCAGGCACCUAUUUCAAAUACAUCUUGGAGUACCUGCGCAGUAAUCAAGUGCCCACCCAGUGCAUUCAGGACGUCUACAAGGAGGCAUUGUUCUAUGACAUUGAACCUCUAAUCAAGCAGCUAGAGGACUCCCCGCAGAUUUUUGGGGAACUUGUGGCGAGGAAGCAGUUUCUGGCUCGUGUGCCCAACUAUAAUGAGAACAUCGAACUGAUGAUCCGCAUUGCGAGGGCAGAAGCGGUCGCAUCCCGCCGGUCCAGCGUCAUCGUGUGCGUGGUCAGAACUGAGGAGGACGCGGCCAGAUGUCAGGAUGCCUUGAACAACUUGGACAUGGAUAAAAAAUCUGUGGUGAAGUUUGGCCCCUGGAAGGCAGCGCCAAGUAUUUCUGAUCUGCUGGACUGCAUUCAAAUGGAUGUUGAAGCCAAAGGGUACAAAAUAUCCUUUCAGCCCCAUGUUGCUGAAAAAGGUUUUCGCUUUAAAUCGCAUGACUUCUUCUACAAGUUCCUGUUCACCUGGUGGUAGCAAAGUGCCACCAUCAAUGGGGAACAGAAGAAAGCAAUUAUUAAAAUAAACUAACUUGUUCCAUGGAGACUAAGCCGUGGACUAACGGAGGGACAGGAAGAAAUGCAUGGCCCAAUGAAAUGAUCUCUUUGGGUCAUUUGCCAAGUUAAAGAGCACUUAAGAGCUACUGUUUUGUUGGGCUUUAGGGGAUAACUGUAGGAUUUAAAAGGUACCAGGAAAAGGAGGAACUUUACCCUUUCAGCAUUGCUGACUAUUAGGUAAGUUCAGAGGACCAGAUCUGAGGGUUGAGCCAACCUCACUCCACCUAAGAGAAAUGAGUAAUCCCAAAUGCGUCUCAUGAACAUGUAGAGUUGGUCUCUCAGUGCAAACAGGAACAGGUCACAUAUGUGCAAUUCCCGACAGAAACACUGAUCGCUGCCUUAACACAUGCUCCAGUUAAAUUUGGAUCCUUAGUGAGAAAGCAAAAGCUCUUCUUCUCAUUGCUUUCUACACUAGAACCUAGGUUAAAAAGGAUUUCAGUGUCCCAUGCUCUCUUCUUGUUCCUCCAGCAGACAGCCUACUCUCUAGCCAAUGUAUUUAUUACCAUUAUUUAUUAUUUAUUCUGAAGGAAAGGUGGAAAACCUCAGCUAUGGUCCAGGACCAACAAAAGGUAAAAAUACCAUUGCUGAUCUGAGGAGUUUAUAAUCUAAGGACACGCACUCCUCUCUCAUUCCACACUAUUUCAAUCUUUUUCUAGUGUCAUUCAUUAUUACUAUGACAUUAUCUCUAAAUAUAUAAGUUUCUGGAAGAAUAGGGAAAACCCACCGCGAUUUGACGGGAAGGAAGUGCUACUGAAGUGACAGUCUGGGAUCUUAGUGCAAAUUCUCCUUUACAGAAAAUGAAUUGAGUCCUACACUGUGUUUUAGAAAUCUUAGUAUUCAAAAGUUUAUUUUUAUACUGGAGAUGGCUGUUAGCUUCAUUUUAAUCACUCUGAAAACCAUAACGGCUAAUUUGACUAUGUUCAUACUUCCUUUAUUUCUCAGAACAUGGAUUUCUUCUAGUUAAGGACAGCAACCUCUGGGAUG